UAUAAAAAAGAAAUAAAACAAGGGCCUUUUGUGUUUUCUUUUCUCCCAAGACUUGUUUCCCAAUCUCUUUAUUGUUCCUUCACACACGCCAUCGUAGCUUCCCGGCCUCCGUUUCUCCUCCGAUCUCCGUCGCCGAUACUUACAUAUCAACUCCGUUUUCAGCAUAAACAUGUCGUCAUCACAUCUUCCUGCCACAUCAGAAUCACUUGACCUAGCUUCAGAAGCCAAAACCCCAUCUGAGGCUAUCAACAUACUCUACCAGGUACUCGAUAACCCCGCAUCAUCUUCCGAAGCCCUUCGGGUCAAAGAACAAGCAAUCGCAAAAAUUUCAGAACUCCUCAGGGACGAAAACCGAGGAGAGGAUCUACGUGGUCUUUUAACCACAUUAAGACCAUUUUUCGCACUAAUCCCCAAAGCUAAAACCGCAAAAAUCGUUAGGGGAAUCAUAGAUUCCGUUGCCAAAAUACCAAACUCCACCGAUCUUCAAAUAUCAUUAUGCAAGGAAAUGGUAGAAUGGACCCGGGCUGAAAAGCGCACCUUUUUACGGCAACGGGUUGAGGCCCGACUUGCUGCGUUAUUGAUGGAUAGCAAGGAGUAUUCAGAAGCGUUGACUCUCCUUUCGGGUUUGGUCAAAGAGGUCAGAAGAUUGGACGACAAGUUACUUCUUGUCGAUAUUGAUUUACUGGAAAGCAAACUACACUUUUCUUUAAGGAAUCUCCCAAAAGCAAAAGCUGCGUUAACCGCUGCUAGAACAGCUGCGAAUGCAAUCUACGUUCCUCCAGCUCAGCAAGGCACCAUUGAUUUACAGAGCGGAAUUCUUCAUGCUGAAGAAAAGGAUUACAAAACUGCUUACAGUUACUUCUUUGAAGCUUUUGAGGCAUUUAACGCGCUUGAUGACCCGAGGGCGGUUUAUAGUCUUAAGUACAUGUUGCUAUGCAAGAUCAUGGUGAACCAGGCUGAUGACGUGGCAGGGAUUAUAUCUUCAAAAGCUUUGAAGUUUUUAGGUCCGGAACUCGAUGCAAUGAAAGCUGUUGCUGAUGCUUAUGCUAAGAGAUCGUUGAAGCUGUUUGAAACCGCUCUUCAAGAUUUUAAAGCCCAGUUGGAUGAAGACCCUAUUGUUCAUAGGCAUCUUUCUUCCCUCUACGACACACUAUUGGAGCAAAACUUGUGCAGGUUGAUUGAACCGUUUUCGAGGGUGGAGAUAGGCCACAUAGCGAGUUUGAUUGAGCUUCCAGUGGAACAUGUGGAGAAGAAACUGUCACAGAUGAUAUUGGACAAAAAGUUUGCGGGAACACUGGACCAGGGUGUUGGGUGCCUCAUCAUAUUUGAAGAUCCGAAGACCGAUGCAAUCUUUCCUGCAACUCUUGAGACCAUUCAAAACAUGGGCAAGGUUGUUGACAGCUUGUUUGUCAGAUCUGCCAAGAUAAUGGCUUGAAAUGCUUGCUACAGUUUUUUACUUGUUUAAGAUAAUUUUAUGUUUGACUUGCUUCUUAAUCUUCUUUUAUUUUGAAACUUAAGUUCAUGUAUUAGAACCUUUGCUUAAGACCAAAAUCGCCAUCUCUCUUUCAUUUCAGUUA